CCGGUGACAUCAGCCGGAGCUCGGCUGCUUUCCUCCAGGAGUCCUCGGUGUAUCCGCGCAUACGCAUCCAGCACCGCCACCGGGAGAACUCGACGGAAACGGCGCCUGCUCAGCUUUCCUUGUCGCUUUUUUUUUUUUUUUUUCUAAUGGGACAAAACAAGAUUACUACUUCUCUGCCAGAGAUCAUGGGAGGCUGUUGACAUCUGACCUCGCCGUUAGCUCGAAGGACACGAGAGUAGCUUGAACACACCUACGGGUGCACAGUGACUGGUCUGAAAAUGGCUGCCCAUCGAAUCAGAGCCACCACAAACAACAACGUUUCGCUCCCUCGCUGCAAAUCAGAGGGAACGCUCAUUGAUCUCACCGAAGGAGUGUCAGAAGCCAGUCUCACUGAUGUCAAAGUGCCUUCUCCCAGUGCCUUACGACUGGACACAACUGCCUCCUUUGGCACUGCCAGGGAGGUUGUUGCCAUUAAGGACUACUGCCCGUCUAGCUUCACCACCCUGAAGUUCUCUAAAGGGGACCGCCUCUAUGUUCUGGACUCGUCAGGAGGGGAGUGGUGGUAUGCCCACAAUAACAAGGAGAUGGGUUACAUUCCUUCAGCGUAUGUGCAGCCCAUCAACUACAGAGACUCGUCCUUCAGUGACAGUGGGAUGAUUGACACUGUGGGAGACUGUAACGAGGAGGCAGCCAAAGAAAUGGACCUUCUAGGAGAGUGGGCAGGAGUGAUUCUGAAACCAACCACCUUCCAAAAUGGAAAUCCUUUUGAAACAAACCAUACCUCUACAAAUCCCUUUCUAAAUGGGGGUCCUCAGAGCUCACUUGAUCAAAACAGUAACGAAAAAUCAGUUGAUCUUCUUCUGUUUGAUACUCUCAGUCCUUCGUUGCCCAACUCCACCAGCAGUACUGCCGACAUUAAUAGUUUUGGCAGUGGUGUUACCAGUUUGAACCCUCUUAGUCCUGCUGUGGGGGCAGGGCAAAUUUUACGCAGGGACAACCCGUUUUUUAGAAGCAAACGUUCCUACAGUCUGUCUGAGCUGUCCAUCCUGCAGGCACAAUCCGAUGCUCCUCAGGCCUCCACUGGUUUCUUUGGAGGCCUUAAAGCACCGGCGCCAGAGCAAUUCCAGAGCAGAGAGGAUUUCCGGACGGCAUGGCUCACCCAUCGCAAGUUGGCCAGGUCCUGCCAUGAUUUGGAUUCACUGGGUCAGAACCCAGGCUGGGGCCAAACGCAGCCAGUGGAGACUAACAUUGUCUGUCGACUAGAUAGCUCAGGUGGUGCUGUUCAGCUUCCGGACACCAGCAUCAGCAUCCACGUACCCGAAGGCCAUGUUGCCCCAGGGGACACACAGCAGAUCUCAAUUAAAGCUCUGCUAGACCCGCCGCUAGAGCUCAACAACGACCGGUGUACCACUGUCAGCCCUGUGGUGGAGAUUAAACUCAGCAACAUGGAAACAAAGACCACUGUUACCCUGGAGAUGAAAGUGUCUGUUGUGGUAAAAAUGGAGAGCAGGCAGAUGACUGAAGUCUUGUGUGUACGAAGUGAUUGUAAAGAAGGACCUUACACUUCUGUUCCUCAGGCGUACAUGUACGGGGACACAGUCCAGGUGUGCCUGGAUAACCUUGAACCAUGUAUGUAUGUGUGUGUUGUGGCUCAGGCUCAGUCCUUAUCUCCAAACUCCACAGUUUGGGAGCAUGUGGUUAAGAAGAUCACCUUAGGAGUGUAUGGUCCCAAACAUAUUCACCCAUCUUUCAAAACAGUUGUGGCUAUAUUUGGCCAUGAUUGUGCACCAAAGACACUGUUGGUGAGUGAGGUUGGCAAGCAGGCCCAGUCUGCACCACCAGUUGCUCUCCAGCUCUGGGGCAAACACCAGUUUAUCCUGUCCCGACCACAGGACCUCCGUGUUGGAGUUUACUCCAACAUGGCCAAUUAUGAUGUAAAGGCUAGUGAGCAGGCCAGGGUGGUUCGAGGCUUCCAAGUUAAGCUAGGCAAAGUCAGCCGGCUUGUCUAUGUCAUUGUGUCACGCAACGCAGAUGAUGUGUCUGAUUUCACCUUAAGAAUCCAGGUCAAAGAUGACCAAGAUUGCAUACUGGCCCAGUUUUGUGUUCAGACACCAACACCACCACCCAAAGCAGGCCCAAAGACAUCAGUGCAACGGCGAUUCCUGAAGAAGAAGGAAGUUGGUAAGAUUGUCUUGUCUCCUCUUGCCAUUGCAACUAAGUAUCCCGUUUUCCAGGACAGGAGAAUAAACAACCUGAAGUUUGGAAAAUUAAUCAAAACUGUCAUACGACAAACAAAAAAUCAGUACUUGCUUGAGUACCGAAAAGGAGAUUUUGUAGCGCUGUUGAGUGAGGAGAAGAUCAAGCUGAAAGGCCAGCUGUGGACAAAAGAAUGGUACAUUGGGUAUUAUCAGGGCAGAAUGGGACUUGUUCACUGUAAGAAUGUUCUAGUGGUCGGCAAAGUUAAGCCAAUUUACUUCAGUGGGCCCGACCUUACGACGUCAUUGUUACUGGAGCAGAUACUGAAGCCCUGCAAGUUUCUCACAUACAUUUACGCCUCUGUAAGAACUAUUCUGAUGGAGAACAUUGGCAACUGGCGAGCAUUCGCAGACGCCCUUGGAUACGUCAACCUGCCCUUAACGCAUUUCUGCCGCGCAGAGCUGGACAGCGAACCAGAGCGGGUUGCAUCAGUGUUGGAGAGCCUGAAGGAAGACUGCAACAAUGCAGAGAGCAAAGAGAGGAAGUCCUUCCAGAAAGAACUCCUGACGGCCCUAUUGAAGAUGGACUGUCAGGGUCUCGUGGCCCGACUGGUGAUGGACUUUGUCCUCCUCACCACCGCCGUGGAGGUAGCCGGACGCUGGAGGGAGCUGGCUGAGAGGCUCGCCAAGGUUUCGCGCCAGCAGAUGGAUGCUUACGAGGCGCCGCACCGUGACAAGAACGGGGUGGUGGACAGUGAGGCCAUGUGGAAGCCGGCGUAUGACUUCCUGGUCACGUGGGCGGCCCAGAUUGGCGACAGCUACAGGGACGUGAUCCAGGAGCUUCACAUGGGCCUGGACAAGAUGAAGAACCCCAUCACCAAACGCUGGAAGCACCUGACCGGCACGCUCAUCCUGGUCAACUGCUUGGAUGUCCUGCGGAGCUCCGCCUUCAGCCCUGCUGCUCAGGAUGACUACGCCAUCUGAAUCCCAGCGUUGCCCCACACCAGCGCACCUUGCUCUUUUAAUGAAGUUACACCGUUUUAAAUGCUGCAUAUCAGCUGUUUGCUUACUCUGAAUGCCACUACUGCUGUCUUAUGUUGUUGAUCCAGCAGCGUUGCCUUCAGCUCUUUGUGCUCAGAGCAGCGUCACCAGACUGGCCCCACGUCCCCACCAAACAACACAGUGCUGUAAGGAGCUCGCAGUAUUCACAGAGACUCUUUUAAUAGCUUCCGUCUUGCACAGUUAUGUAUUUUUGUACACUUAUUAUGGCACAGCAGUUUUUUAAAGCAACACUUUGAACCAUUUGGUUAAGAACUGUGGAUUGAAUGCCAAGAAAGACAUUUUUUAUUAAGAAAAGACAUUUUUAGAUAUUGUAUCCUGUAGCCUCACAUGUCAGAUCGGUUCUAUUUAUUUAUACAUCAAGGAGAAACAUUUUUAGUCCUUGUUCAGGUUCUCUCUCACUGUGGUCCUUCACAUUUCAGAGAUCCAAAUAUUUUGGUGUCCUUCUCUAUUUUCUAAGAUCUGGAAGACAACAGAAUCAUCUAUUAAUAUUGCACACUCAGAUUUAAUUAAGCUUUACACUGAAACGCCUGGUGUUUUUGUAGAAAAUAAUAGAUUUACACUGAUUAUUUAGUUUCAGUGGAAUUUAAAACCCUCGUCUCAGUUUUAUAUCAUUAUGAGUUGAUUAUCUUUGAGUUUGGACUGAUGGUCGGCAAAAACAAGAAGCCUGAAAAUGCCUUUGUUUUCAGACUUAAUGUGUGAAGCUUGACCUUGUAAGCAUCAGUGGAUAAAUCAGUCUCAGCUCAAACUCCUCUUUCUCGCUUUGUUUUGGAGUGGAAUCAGUGGCUGCAGUUUCCCCAAACUAUCUCGUCCACGUUUGACUGAGAAUAUACUCCCAGUGGGCGGCUUUGUGCCUGAGUGUGUUCAACCCCCAGGAGUCCAGCUCAAACUUUACUUGGGCAGAGUCUUCAAAAUCGGCUGCUCCUUUUUCUGGGUCACCACAGCUGCUCAUUUGCCUCCAUCACACCCUGUACCUAACAUCCUCUUCUGUCAGUAAUAAUUGCCCGAAUAAGUGCCUGGAGGCAUUUCAAGUAAGUUGCCAACUUGCUUUUAGAGGGACUUUGACAGGAUGCAUGUGAUGCGCUUCUUAACUGUCCCUAAACACAGAAAUCAAAGCAUUCCUGCUGCCUCCAUUUGCACAACUGAAAACUUGUUUUUAAAGUAGACCUCAACUCAUUGUCAGUGUAGUGCUGAGUUCAAAAUAAUCCUUUGUUUCAUACAUGGCCUUAGUGCAGCCCCCUCAGUUCCUCCUCUCUCCAUUUCCCUCUUUAAGUCAGCUUUCUUCUGAUUGGCUGCCCCUCAUGAAGAAGGUUUGAAUACCAGGUGGUAUUCUAUGCUCACAGUCAGAGAUCUGAGCCUGAGAUAACCAUAUUAGGAACGUUGCUUCAUACUGACAUCAUAAAGAGCCAAAAGUAGAAAAGCAACGACUCAAACAGAGUAUUUAGUGUGAAGCCUGAGCUUUUGGCUCAGAGGGAUUGUUGGGUUCACCUUAAAUAACUGCUUCAUUUUUGAGAGGACACUUUGUCACUGUGACCCAAAAUGACUCCAAGCAAGACACAAAGUAAAUUUAAUUCUGAACUGCAUUGUGCUUUGCGAGAGUGCUUUGGGUCUGCACGGUAGUAUCAUGAUGAAGUGUGCGUGCCUGCGAGGGGGUUGAGAUGCUCUUUUUAUUUCAGGACAAAGAAGAGCAGUGGAGUCAAAUAUGGGGAGAAAAAAGUGAAGCAUAUUUAGCCCCAAAAGCACAAAGUGGGGAGUUGGAGGGGGGGGACGGUCGAGGGCGCGAUACUCUGUGUCGUGUGUGAGUGUGACCUUAAACUGAACUGGCUGAGAUCAAAAUAAACUAAACAAAGUACACUGACUGAGACUUAGGCUUGUUGAUUGAUUAACAAUCACCUUGAACCCUAACCUCCACAUAGCAACCAGACUCUCACCUCUUACUUCUGAACUCUCUUGUCUUCAGUUUGUGUUAUGUAUGUUAUGUAAAAUCUCAUUUUUUUUAAUACAACGCUUGCCAAAAAUGAAUAGAGCUCUACACAAAUGACCAUGUACAAUGUUGAGACCACUGUCUAUGACACUGUCUAUCAAAGCAUCCCUAGCUUUUGUCCCAGUGCUGCAUACUGUAUAAUGUGCUAGUAACACAGCCAGUGUUGAGUUUGAAAUCAUUUUUGUGACUGCAUACUUUUGUGGAAAAGACUCUAAAUAAAAUGUAAAUAUUUGUACACA